AUGAUCUUACCAGAAAUAGCCUUGAAAAAGGGCAGACAAGUGGUUGGUCAUAAUAUACAAUCAUGGGCGAAACAAAGCAAAGUCUGCAGAGGUAGUCUUGAUAGUGAUAUACGUUGUUAUGGCACCGAAAGAGGUCUAGCAACCCAAUUAAGGGAGGAGCUUGCUAAGGAGCAUGUGAAAGACCUCUCGAAACAGCAGAAGGCAAAGAAGGAAGCCAGAGCCAUUGACAAGGAUUUUUUCAUGUCAGUUUUAGGCUCUUCUGCCACUAAAAGGGAAGCUAGAUCAUACCUGCAACGAUUCACACCAUCGAAAGACUCACAACUCAAACCGAAGUUUGUAGAUACGAAACCUGUACGAGGAAAUGAAGUCAACCUUGGUGGCUUGUAUGGGCCUACAGCAGUCGAGCAGAGCCCUCAAUUCAUACAACAACCAGACCGGAUAGCAAAGCUCCCAGUGGAAUCACAACUGCAUAUUGCUUUGGUCAAACUUAGAGCACCACAAACUUUGGACGAUGAAACCCUUACAGGGAUUGGACGGACAUUGUCACAACUAGGUAGACUGGGCUUGAUCAGUGUGGUAGUCCUCGACUGUAAUGUUGAGGCUACUCCUGUGUCUGGAAGACAAAGCCGUGAACCUGAUUGGCGGCAAUUGGAAACUGCACAAGCAAACAGACUUGUUGCUGCGAUUGAUGGCAGUGGAGAGGCCGAUGCAAGGCUUGUGGACAAUGUCAUUGGAAUAUCUGAAAGUCCAGGGGCUCCAGCUUAUGCUCAGACCAAAACGCAUAUCACCCUUCGAAAACUUCUCAUGACUCCUUUGAGACGAGGAAUCAUACCCGUCAUUCCUUCAGUCGGCUAUACCGACGUUAGUCAGACAGCCGUCCCCGUUGAUGCUUCUGAUAUCGUCUUGGCUCUUACAAAAGAACUUGCUGGAAUUCCUUCUGCUCUUCUUCCAGAUGAGGAUCCAAACGAUACACGAGACCGCCUCCGAGCUCUUCGUGAAGAAGUAUCACUCGAUCGACUCAUCAUCCUAGAUCCAUUAGGCGGUGUCCCUGCAUUGGAUCGGCCCAAUGGUUACCAUGUAUUUUUGAACAUGGAGCAAGAGUUUGAACCUGCCAAGGAACAGCUGCAGAAAGUCUUGCAAGAAAAUGAAGAAGAGAUGUCCUUGGGAUCCGAGUCUAUCAAACGGAAGGUUACUGAUUUGGCCAUGGGAAAUCCAUUCUCCAAAUUUGCGGAGACCGAAUUCGGGGUAGCAGGGCGAUCAGUUGACGCUGGGUCUCUGCCAGAAAUCAGAAGCAAAUCCAAGACUGAUACUUGGCAUCAUCUUCAGAAUCUUCAACUCGUUCGCUCAGUCCUUGCCAUGCUACCUCCCAGCUCGUCAGCAUUAUUGACAACACCUGAAGAGGCUGCAAACUCGGGCAAAGAUGUGCCUUUUCAAGCUGCUCGAGUUGGGACCAGAAGGCAACGGAAUCCUCUCAUCCAUAAUCUACUUACAGACAAACCCGUGUUUUCUUCUUCAUUGCCGGUCGGUCGCUUGGGCCCUCAAGUAGUAGUCACUGAACCGGUAUCACCUGCUGAAAGCAUCACACCAACCACGUUUGCAAAACAUGGCAUAUCCGUUACGAUCUUUCCAGACCCGAGGAUAAGUCCUUGGGAGCCACCAAUGCCAGGGAAGUCUCACCUGACGCUGACAGACUCACAAAUUGACUUGCCUCGCCUGGUACAUCUCAUCGAGGACUCGUUUGGAAGAAAGCUUGAUGUUGAAGACUAUCUCAAACGUGUUGAUGGCAGAAUAGCUGGAGUAAUCAUCGCGGGAGAAUAUGAAGGCGGAGCUUUGUUGACAUGGGAAACCCCCCCUGGCGUGGAGGACGAUGGAUCUCCAGAGAGCAGAGCACGAAUGGUGCCAUAUCUUGAUAAAUUUGCAGUUUUGAAAAGAGCACAGGGAAGCGGAGGCGUUGCGGAUUUGAUAUUCAAGGCAAUGGUCCGGGAUUGUUUCCCUGAUGGCUGUGUUUGGCGCAGUAGGAGAAACAACCCAGUGAACAAGUGGUACUUUGAGAGAUCUCGAGGCACUUGGAAGCUUCCUGGUACUGGAUGGGCUAUGUUCUGGACGACUCCGGAGUUGAGCAUGGAUAAGCAGCUCUUCUUGGAUUACGAAGGAGUUUGUCGGGGCAUAGAACCAUCCUGGGCUGACAAUAAGGCAGUCUUAGACUAG